AUGGGCCUACAAGUGGCUGAGUUUACAAUCCCCAACGAAGUUCCCAAUGGAGACGCUUUCGUGUUCUGGAAAUGCGCUGGCCAGUCACCUAUGUGUAAUCAAGCGACCAUGAGUGGCGGAACAGAAGAUGUCGAGAAUAUUGUAAAUGAAUUGAAUGGAACCAUUGAAUGUCUAAAUCCUAUCGCUACACAAACAUCCAUUUCCACAUCUAUUGGUUCUUCAACCACGGCUUUUGCAACAUUACUCAGCACCCUGUUCACAACGAGCAGUACCUCGAUUUCUGCCGGUGCAGUCACGAUCGCUAUUAUUCCUGCGAACAAGACCACUUCCAACCCCCCCGUCGCCCUCACUAGUGCCGUAUCCACGCUUGCUACAAGUGUUUCCUCUGCUGGACCGGGUACUUUUCGUGUCACGCAGUCUUCCAUUGCGGGUCAGAGUGCUUCAUCUAUUACUGCUGUUGGUUCCGCAGGGGCCCCUUCAGGCCAGUCUCUUUCUUCUGUUGCUUCUAGUGUAACUAGUUCUGUUGUUAGCGUGAUAUAUCAAACUAUAACUACAACCAUGACUGCACCCUGUACUACGACUGCCGUAGCACGCUGA